UGCUGAUGAGGGUCAGAAUGGCUCCUCUUCUUCCUCUGGUCUUUCUGCUCAUGAUUCAUGUCUGUGUUUCAGGGGUUUCUAGUGCUGAUUGGGGUGUGAGUUACAGUCCUCCACACAUCUGUGCACUAAAGGACUCAACAGUGAUAAUGAACUGCACUUAUACAUACCCCCGUACUGGAUAUAAGAUCGAGAAAGUGUUCUGGAGCAAAACACUGGUAAAAGAUAAUGGAGAGAUUCCAGAUCUGUCUAAUGACCCUGAAUACAGUCAGAGGCUUCAGUAUCUGGGAGAUAAACAGCAGAACUGCACCGUCAGACUGAGUCAUGUGACACUGAAGGAUUCACACAUGUACUAUUUCAGAUUCAUCACUGAUCAAAGAAAAUGGAUUGGUUAUCCAGGAGUGACUCUUACUGUCACAGAUCUUCAGGUGGAGUCUCCUGAGAGAGUGACAGAGGGAGAUUCAGUCAGUCUGACAUGUAAAAGCAGCUGCGCUCUGACUGACAGAGCAACAUUCAUCUGGUACAGAAACUCACUGAAGAUAUUAACUGAGAGUAAAUUCAGGAACACACUCAUCCUCAAUCCAGUCAGAAGAGAGGAUUCAGGCAGAUAUAGCUGUGCUGUAGACGGACACACACACGUCUCUCCUGAUGUUCACCUCAAUGUCAUGUAUCCUCCCAGGAGUGUCUCAGUGUUGAUAAAUGGAUCUGGUGUAAUAGUGGAGGGAGAUUCAGUGACUCUGAAGUGCAUCAGUGACUCAAACCCUCCUGCUGUGAACUUCAGCUGGUUUAAGGAGAAUGAAAGCUCAGCUGUUGGAUCUGGACAGAGUUUCAGUGCACUACAGAGUGGACGCUUCUACUGUCAGGCUCACAAUCAACAUGGAUCUCAGAGAUCAGACGCUGUAACUGUCACAGUUCAUCAUGUUGCUGGUAGGAAUGUGAUUUUGAUCACAGCGACAUCUGGAGGAGUAUUCGUCAUCAUCAUCAUCAUCAUCAUCAUCCUGAUUAUACUAAAGAAACGAAGGAGUGUUAAAGCUGAAGAUCACAGAGUGAAAGAGAUCUCUGAUCCCAAUGAAGACACAUAUACAGCUCUUGACCUCAAGUCCACGACCUCUGACCUGUACGACACACUCGCAGUAAGUGAGACGUCCGUCAGAUACUCCAUCACAGAUGAUCACAUGACCGAUCUCUCGCUCUCUUUCACACAGACCGUUGAUCGCAGACGUCCUGAAGACUCUAUAUAUUUAAUGCUGAUGAGGGUCAGAAUGGCUCCUCUUCUUCCUCUGGUCUUUCUGCUCAUGAUUCACGUCUGUGUUUCAGGGGUUUCUAGUGUUGAUUGGGGUGUGAGUUACAGUCCUACACACAUCUGUGCAGUAAACGACUCAACAGUGAUAAUGAGAUGCACUUAUACAUACCCUACUGGAUAUAAGAUCGAGAAAGUGUUUUGGACAAAAAGCCCUUUAAUACCGGGUGUUGAGCCUCCAGAUCUGUCUAAUGACACUGAAUACAGUCAGAGGCUUCAGUAUCUGGGAGAUAAACAGCAGAACUGCACCGUCAGACUGAGUCAUGUGACACUGGAGGAUUCACACAUGUACUAUUUCAGAUUCAUCACUAAUAUAACAGAAGGAAGAUGGAUUGGUAAACCAGGAGUGACUCUUAAUGUCACAGAUCUUCAGGUGGAGUCUCCUGAGAGAGUGACAGAGGGAGAUUCAGUCAGUCUGACAUGUAAAAGCAGCUGCGCUCUGACUGACAGAGCAACAUUCAUCUGGUACAGAAACUCACGGAAGAUAUUAACUGGGAGAAGAGACAGUAACAAACUCAUCCUCAAUCCAGUCAGAAGAGAGGAUUCAGGCAGAUAUAGCUGUGCUGUAGACGGACACACACACGUCUCUCCUGAUGUUCACCUCAAUGUCAUGUAUCCUCCAAAGAGCGUCUCGGUGUCCAUCAGUCCAUCUGGUGUAAUAGUGGAGGGAGAUUCAGUGACUCUGAACUGCAUCAGUGACUCAAAUCCUCCUGCUGUGAACUUCAGCUGGUUUAAAGGAGGAACGAUUGUAGGAUCUGGAAGAAUCUUCAACAUCUCAAAGAUCAGAUCUGAUGACAGUGGAGAAUACAAGUGCAAGUCCAUCAAUGAACAUGGAGAGAAAUACUCUGAUAAUGUGACUUUAAACAUCAUGUAUCCUCCAAAGAGCGUCUCGGUGUCCAUCAGUCCAUCUGGUGUAAUAGUGGAGGGAGAUUCAGUGACUCUGAAGUGCAUCAGUGACUCAAACCCUCCUGCUCUGAACUUCAGCUGGUUUAAAGGAGGAACGAUUGUAGGAUCUGGAAGAAUCUUCAACAUCUCAAAGAUCAGAUCUGAUGACAGUGGAGAAUACAAGUGCAAGUCCAUCAAUGAACAUGGACAGAAAUACUCCGCUGUGACUUUAAACGUCUUGUAUCCUCCAAAGAGCGUCUCGGUGUCCAUCAGUCCAUCUGGUGUAAUAGUGGAGGGAGAUUCAGUGACUCUGAACUGCACCAGUGACUCAAACCCUCCUGCUCUGAACUUCAGCUGGUUUAAAGGAGGAACGAUUGUAGGAUCUGCAAGAAUCUUCAGCAUCUCGAAGAUCAGAUCUGACGACAGUGGAGAAUACAAGUGCAAGUCCUUCAAUGAACAUGGAGAGAAAAACUCUAAUACUGUGACUUUAAACGUCAUGUAUCCUCCCAGAAGCGUCUCAGCGUCCAUCAGUCCAUCUGGUGUAAUAGUGGAGGGAGAUUCAGUGACUCUGAAGUGCAUCAGUGACUCAAACCCUCCUGCAGGAAUCCACUGGUUUAAAGGAGGAACGAUUGUAGGAUCUGGAAGAAUCUUCAACAUCUCAAAGAUCAGAUCUGAUGACAGUGGAGAAUACAAGUGCAAAUCCUUCACUAAACAUGGAGAGAAAUACUCUGAUACUGUGACUUUAAACAUCAUGUCCCUUCUACCUCUGCCUACCAGCCCUGAUGAUCCAGCCUGGUGGGUGGAUCCCCGGCCUCUGCCUCCAACCUCCUCAACCAGGACUCUACCUCAGCCCUUCGUCCCAUCUGCUCCCCCUUGGCUCCUACCUCCCUCAGCUCCACCAUGCCCCCUCAGUCCACCAGUUCUGCCAGGCUCCCUGGUCCCCCCGGAUUCACUUUGGUCCCUCGUCGGCCUUCCCUUACCUUUGGACUUCUCUCCUCUGGCUACGCAUCGUCGUUUCAUCAUCCCCCCCCCGGUUCUGUUGGACUCCUCACUCCCCUCAGUCUUCACGUCAGUCACCUGA